AUGGAGGAAAUUUAUGCCAAUGUUGAUUAUUCCAAACCUUCCCAUCCAGUACCUUCAACAAAUUGCACAGACCAAGAUUCAGCUACAGAGCUCUCUGCCAUGAAUAACAUCCUUUCCUUUAUGACUGAGGAGAGAGACCUGCUGCAUGCUAAUCUCACUGAGAAGACCAAGGAACUUGAAAGGCUUCAGAGUUUGGCUAAACAGAAGAAAACAUGUCCUUCGAGAUGGAGCAUGGUCGGUUGUAGCUGUUAUCGCCUCUCUGAAAGGUCUGGUACCUGGGAUCAAGGUAGAAAGGACUGCAGAGACAAAGGAGCAGAUCUGGCGGUGAUAGACAGCGCUGAAGAACAGAACUUCCUUGCUUCAUUGACCAGUAACCCAGCUUGGAUUGGUUUAAAUGAUAAAGAAGAGGAGGGAACGUGGAAAUGGAUAGAUGGAACUCCUCUGACUGUGAAGUACUGGGAAAGUUCUCAGCCUGAUAAUGGUGGUGGAAGCCUGCGGUGGGGUGAAGAGGACUGUGCUCACAUCAGAACUCCUAUGUCCGCUUCUUGGAAUGAUUUUUCAUGUGAAUCUUCUCUGCCGUGGGUCUGUGAAAAAAUACUAUAA